AUUCGGUCAGAGCAUCAUCACUGCAAUUGCAACGCCAACGCCGCGCUUUAUCUCCUCUUCUGGAACUCUCUCUUCAUUCCUUUCACUGUCUCUCUCAUUCUCCAUGGGCUCAUCUUCUACACUCUCUCUGUGCUCUCAUCCAACGGUGAAUUUUGAAUUUAAUCCUAGAAAGGCCGGAUACGGAUUGAAGAAAUCAUUGAACAGUUCAUCCAGUUAUUGUUUGAUUCAUAUUUCGCCGAUUUGUAUCAGUAGUAGAAGAAGAAAAUGCUUGCAAUUGAGACGUGUAAUUGUUAGAGCUGCUUCAUCGUCUAAUACUGGUCCGAGACGUUCGACGAAUUCUCGGAGAGUUUAUAAGGAAUCACAAGCUCAAACGCCAGCAAUACCUGUUGACCGAAUUGUUUCGUUUGCUGUGCCCACUGGUGCUUUUGUGGUUAUCUCUUUUGUUUUGUGGAAGCUGGUGGAGAAAGUUCUUCUACCCAAACCAGCCAAGACAUCAGAAGAAAGUAAAUCUACUCAGGGAUUGAAGUGGUCCAUUGCCGCUGGGACAAACUUGUUGCCUGGUUUUGGUGCAAAGAUUGAAAGAGAAUCCAAGCUGAGGCUUAAUGAGUUUGCUAAGGAGCUUAGAUCUUUCAGCAUUGUUGACAUGUCAGGUCGUAACUUUGGAGAUGAGGGGCUCUUUUUCCUAGCUGAGAGUUUAGCAUAUAAUCAGACAGCCGAGGAAGUAAACUUUGCUGCUAAUGGAAUAACUGCAGAUGGAUUGAAGGCCUUUGAUGGCAUAUUGCAAUCAAAUAUUGCUCUAAAGACUCUUAACCUAUCUGGAAAUGCUAUUGGGGAUGAAGGAGCCAAGUGUCUAUGUGAUAUACUGGCAAAUAACUCUGGUAUUCAAAAGCUCCAGCUGAACAGCACUGGCUUAGGAGAUGAGGGAGCCAAAGCCAUCGGUGAAAUGCUGAAAAAAAAUGCAACCUUGCGUGUUCUUGAACUAAACAAUAAUCUGAUUGACUAUUCUGGAUUUUCAGGUCUUGCUGGAUCACUUCUUGAGAAUAAAACUUUACAAUCCUUGCAUCUCAACGGCAAUUAUGGUGGCGCUUUAGGGGCUGCAGCACUGGCAAAAGGCCUGGAGAGCAAUAAGUCUUUGAGGGAACUUUAUUUGCAGGGGAACUCUGUUGGCGAUGAAGGAGUACGGGCAUUAAUCUCUGGCCUAUCUUUGCGUAAAGGGAAACUUGUCUUACUUGAUCUUGCCAACAAUUCAAUUACUGCUAGAGGUGCAUUUCAUGUUGCCGAAUACGUCAAAAAAAGCAAAAGCUUACUGUGGUUGAAUCUCUAUAUGAAUGACAUCAAAGAUGAGGGAGCUGAAAUGAUUGCAGAAGCUUUGAAGGAGAACCGCUCGAUAACUAAUGUUGAUCUUGGGGGAAAUGACAUACAUGCUAAGGGUGUUAGUGCCAUAGCAGAAGUUCUGAAAGAUAAUUCUGUCAUUACCUCCUUAGAACUUGGUUACAACCCAAUUGGACCAGAGGGGGCAAUGGCAUUAGCAGAGGUACUCAAGUUUCAUGGAAAUGUAAAAGAUCUCAUGCUUGGUUGGUGUCAGAUCGGAGCCAAAGGUGCAGAAUAUUUUGCCGAUAUGUUGAAGUACAAUAGUACCAUAUCAACUCUAGACUUGCGAGCCAAUGGACUUAGAGACGAGGGUGCAAUCUACCUUGCUCGGAGUUUAAAAGUGGUGAAUGAAUCUUUGACGAUACUCAAUUUAGGGUUCAAUGAAAUUAGAGAUGAAGGUGCGUUUGCUAUUGCUCAAGCACUUAAGGCAAAUGAAGAUGUAAGACUCACAUCUUUAAAUCUUGCUAGUAACUUCCUCACCAAAUUAGGACAGACAGCUCUCACAGAUGCAAGAGACCACGUGUUUGAGAUGACUGAGAAGGAGCUUGCUGUUAUGUUCUAAAUACUACAUUCCAUAGAUCAGAUACACUUUCCUCCUCUCAUUCUUGAGGUUGGGGCAAGGCUGCAUAGAUGAGGAUUUUGUUCUAUUCUGGGGGGGAAUAGAAUCACAGCCUACCAUGAUAUUCUUAGGACUCCCACCUUAGUUCCCUUCUGUGACUGAAUCAUUUUGAGCGCGGAACGGUGGAAAUUUUGAUAUGGGGAUAUAUACUCUGAUAAUUAAAAGAAUUUUCCUUUUUUAAAUCUUUUUUCUCUUGAUAACGUAAGUGGAAUGUGUAUAGAGAUUACUUCUAUUGAGCAUUUCAGAUUCAUUCUUUGGUUUGAAA